UCCGCUGCCGGUCCCCGCGGAGUGCACGCGUUGCCGCCGGUCCGUACUCGCGAACCGCCGAGCCGCCGAAACUGUCUCCGCGACGAGCUGAAGCGCGACGAGACGAAGGCAAGCCUAGGCAAGCGCCGUGUGCUGGUCCGUGCUGCACCGCCAGUGUCGUGGAUGUCGCACCGCCUGCCCGGAUUGGGGUUGCUCGAGGAAGAGUCUUUUCGCUGGGCGUUGGGUGCGCGUCCCGCGGGACGCUCGGGUCGAGCUAGCAGCGCCAGCAGCGCAGCGCGUCGCGACCGUCGCGACCCCGCGGCGCCAUGAGGGACACCGCCAACAAGGUGCUGCCCGACAGCGCCGUCUACAAGGAUGUCGUCAUCGUGGGCAACGGGCCCUCGGGCAUCGCCGUGUCCCACGUGCUGGCCGGGCACAGGCCGUACCUCCGCAGCGCGCAGCACCCCGACGAGAUGCUGUCCGCGCGCCUGGCGGGGCUGCUCCGCGGCGAGGCCAUGGUGCCCCUCAUGCAGCAGGACCUGCGCCACCUGUCGCAGGGCCUGGAGGGGCGCGCGCCCCACCCCCUGUCGCUGCUCAUGGACGCCCUGACGCACCCCGGCGCGGACCAGGGCCUGGAGCUGCCGUCGCUGCUGCAGUGGCGCCUGCACCCCGAGAAGCGCGUGGACCACGUCGUGCUCGGCACCAGCCCCCCCGGCGGCGCCUGGCAGACCAUGAUCGGCAACGUGCUGACCAUCAGCCUGGCGUCCUGGAUGGAGCUGCCGGGCGUAGACUUCCGCACGUGGGAGUCCUCGGCGGGCACACUGCACGCCCUGCACUCCAACACGAACGAGCGCUUCAGCUCGUGCCUCAACAACAACGGCAGCAAGGAGGGCCGUGCAAGGGCCGCCUCCGUGGCGCAGUACUACGCGGACUACGUCAGGCUGCGCGGCCUGCAGAAGUUCUUCCACUGCGGCACCAAAGUCUUCAACAUCGAGCCGCUGGAAAACGCAGUUUGCCAGUGCACAGAGACUGUGGCCAAUGAAUGGUGUGGCAGGAGGCAGUGCUUUGCCAGAGCUUUGUGGCUUGUGGAAGGCUUUGAUCAAGUCAGUGGACAGGCUUUCACCUAUGUCAGCCAGAAAGUGGUCAUAGCAACAGGUUGCACGAGCAAACCGAAUCGCUUGAACGUCCCAGGGGAGUUGACGAAAAGCAAUCACAUUGUGCAUGACUCUGGGUCAGUUGAGGAAUUGGUUAGGAGAAUCAGAGAAGAAGCUGAUCGAGAUCAAACCGGUGUAGAUCCUAUUUUGAUUGUUGGAGCUGGGCUGAGUGCUGCAGAUGCUGUCCUGGCAGCUCGAUUCCACUCUGUCCCUGUUCUUCAUGUAUUCCGUAGUAGAACCAUUCCUGUUGAUCGUCAACUGCCUGAGAUCAUGUACCCAGAAUAUCAUAAGGUUCAUCAAAUGAUGGAAGAUGGUGGAAAAUGUUACCCACUGUAUGAAGCACUCCCUGAACACAGAAUUCUCAGUCUCACAGGCCUUAAUUCACCAGAUAGAAAAAUUCUCAUGGAAGGCCCUGAUGGUCGACAUUGUGCUCAUAAGGUAUCUGGUGUUGCCAUUCUGAUUGGAGCACGCCCCAAUUUAUCAUUCCUAAAAUCCAUUUGUAGCUCCGAUGGAACAGGGUUAGGUGCUAAUGCCAAUGCUCCUAUUGAUUGUCGCUCAAACCCAAUUCUCAUUGAUUUGUGGUCUCAUAAAGUAAUGCGAGUUGAACAGCCAGGUCUUUAUGCACUGGGGCCUUUAACAGGAGAUAAUUUUGUACGUUUCAUUCAUGGAGGAGCUUUAGCUGUUGCCUCUGGUAUACUUAAUGAGAAACAAUGUUAGUGUAGUUAUUUUACCAAAUUAAUUAACUAUUUUUCAAAUAUAUUUUUUAGAUUAAGAACAAAGCACGGAAAAUAAAUUUUACAUUCUAGUUUGGCUAGAAAUUAACUCUUAUACUCCUGUUUCUAUUUAUAAUCUAGUUUCUGUUGGUUUCAUUAUGUAGUUUGACAGCAAAAUAGUUUUUCACAAAUUUUUUGUAUUAGAAUUUUUUUUGUACUAUUCAAACUUUUUACUACUUUAACCAACGAAUUCUUCUAGAAGGAGUCCUUUGCAGUGAGAAUGAACAUCCUAUAAUUUAUUUCAUUCGUCCAUGGUGAUUAACAGCAAAAUGUGAUACUCCUUAAUUGAGCUGUGAUAUUGAUAUUGCAAGGAGUUUAAACAUUGGCUUUGAAGAAGGUUCAUGGUUUCCAAACGACACUAGCAUGGAACUUAAAUUAAUAUCGAACUUAACAUGCUCAUAUCUUUCAUUGUAUCGAGAGCAAACCUUUGUGCCUCAUCGUACUGUAUUACAAGAGUACAUCACAAGAAUAAUAAUGUACUUUCCAUACUUCUAGCCAGUGGUGUUUGCAGUAUUGUUUUGACUUGUUUUCUGGUUGUGUAAAGUAUUUCUUUCUGUGUGUUAUGAAGUACCUGCUGGAUCUGGACAUUAUUGCCUUUCCCAAGAUGGCAAAGUUUUAUUUUGUCAGUUAAUCAAAUCCUUUCAAAAGGCGUAUAUUUUCUAAUGAUUGUGCCUUUGUUGAUCAAAGCACAUCUGUUAUAGAAUCUAUCAUCAAAAUAUGAAACUUUGUAGAUAGAUGUAUUUUCUAUAUAGAACUCAUAUUGGAUUCAGUAUUUUAACUCAUAAUAUUAAGUUGAAUGGGGAAAAUUUGACAUACAUCAUCACUCACCAAAUUUGAGCAACAGUACCCAGUGUUUUAUUUCAGUUUUGUUUUUUUCUUUCUUAAAUUUAUUUGUGGUCACUUGGUCACACUGUAUCAUAUUCUCUUUGAAAAUUUUCCUUGCUUUUAUUUUCUCUAAAAAAUGGAAGAAAAUCAGGUCUUCAUCUGAUUUCUGUCAAUGCCUAUUGAAUGAUCAGAUUUACCCAGAAGUGUAGUGAUAUCUGACUCUAGAAUGUCAGUUUCGAAAUGUUGAUUGACAUAUUUUUGUGCCUUUUUCUUCCUUUCGUUCUCAAUUGUAUAAACCAUAGGCCGCAAAUCCAGUUUUCUGUUAUGUGUAUGUUUGUAUAGCUCUUCUGUGAUAAGAAAUGUUCGAGCAUGUUAUUAGCUCCUCAGAAUGAAUAGUACUUGGUGUCAAAUUGUUAAUUUUGAUGUGUGCAUUUUGACAUUCCAAUGAAACUUUGUAGUUGAAACUAAUUUUUUCCAACCUAUUUUUUACACUCUUAUUUAUUAUGAUGACCUGUUCAAUAAAGCUGGUACUGUAUCAUUCCAUUGUCAUAAUUGCCA